CGCCAGUUAUCUCCAGUUGUAAAGAACUAUAUUUUAAUUUCGUCCAUUACUAAAAUUGUUUUCAUAUUACGAGAAAUAAUUAAUACCGAUAAGUUAUUACGGAUACGUCUGAUGAAACGAAAGCUGAUCGAAAACCUGAUUACAGUUGGGAUGAAGAAGCGUUAGAGGAAUUUCGAAAGGAUGUUCUCAAGGAAAAAGAUCUGAAAUGUAAAAUGGACGAUAUAUUCCUUCUGAGUUUUCUACGAGCAAGAAAAUUCGACAGAGAAAGAGCAUUGACAUUGCUGAAGAACUAUUAUUUGACAAGGAGAAAAUAUCCCAUUGUUUUCAAAAAUCUUAAGCCUUCAGCUAUAGAAGAAAUCUUACGUCAGAACAUGUUAUCAUGUGUAAAAACUGAUAAUAAUAUGGUAAUAACAGUUGCUAGUUACGGUCAUUGGGAUGCUACUAAAGUGGAAAUUCUGGAUGUGUUAAGAGUAGUGUUGUUAUUUCUUGACUUUGAACUGAAUGAUCAUCCUAUACAAGUAAAUGGGCUAUAUCUUUUAUUAGAUGCCAAGGAUAUAUCAUGGAGACAUAUUAUCCAGUACACUCCAAGAAAUAUUCAAUUAGUGAUUAUGAGCAUGGUGAAAUGCAUUGCUGUCCGCUACAAGGGAAUUUACGUAGUCAACACGAACAAGAUUUUCGUACUUUUGUAUUCAAUAAUUUAUCCAUUUUUACCUAACAAAAUAAAAAAGCGAAUGCAUCUUUAUGGUUCAGACAUGAAAGAACUUCACAAAGUAAUCGAUCCUAAAUAUCUACCAGCAGAGUUUAACGGAGAAUUACCUACCUUUGACUCAUCUGAAUAUAUUAAAAAGUUAAAAGACAAUGAAGAAUUUUUUGUCGAAAACGAAAAAUAUUGGACAGAAGAAAAUAGUACUUAAAAGUAUUUCAGGUUAAAACUUCAAGAAUAUUUUCUAUGCUGCGUAAUCUGCGAAUCGUAAACUAUUAUGAAUUAUACAUAUGUAUUUGAGAAACAAAUCAUAAAAUUGUUUAAAAUUAAUUCUCUCUUAUGACUUAAUAAAGGAUGUUUGCUAAAUGUUCAUUCAUCCGUAUUUUAAUUACUAAAGCUUAAUAUUAUAUGUAGGAAAUUAUUCUCGUAUGGAAA